AUGGGGCGCUCGGGGCGGGCCAGCAGUCGCGCAUCCGCUGCACGCGCCUCGCGGGCAGCAAGGCGGACGCGUGGUGGCUACCAGUGCGGCACCACGCGCGCGUGCUCGCGCUGCCGGUCAAGAGGGGCACACGAAGCGCGCAGACAAGGCGAAGGCGAUCGACCUGUUCGUGACGGCGAGCCAGAGCGGCUCGAGGGCGGCGAGCGGGCGCAGUGGGAGAGCCUGUUCGAGCAGGUGCCGGAGCCGCUCGAGGAGGAGGAGCGGCAGGAGUGGAUCGCGAAGCUGGAUGGCGCGGCGUGCUCGAGCGACGCGUUCUUUCCGUUCCCGGAUAAUGUGCAUCGUGCGAGGAGGAGCGGCGUGAGGUACCUCGCUGCGCCUGGGGGGAGCGUGAUGGAUGCGGAGUGUGUCAGGGCCCUGCAUGAACGUUGA